AUGAGCGACGUUGUGAUGCACCUAGGAGGCUUCGCUUGGCAAGCAACGGACAAGAGCGAAUCCAAUCCAGACCGCCGUAUUAAGUUGGCGACCGACACAACCAGAUCUCCCAAAGUCCCGCUCCGUCAACGAUCGCUGGGUGCCAUGCCGGGUAUAGCGCGCUAUCGCUCCGACUCAGCGGCGACCGAACCGCGUCUCAGUAUCUGUAGCACAUCCGGCACGGUGUACGAGAGCGUCGUGGUGGUGGGACAUAUGUAUGGCUCGGAUAAGGUCGUGUACUACCUAUUGGAAGUGCGGUCGUGGGAGAUGCCGCUCGAGGGCUACGUGGUGCGGCGUCGCUACAAUGAUUUCUUCAAGUUCCACCAGGAAUUGACCGAAUGCAUGCCCUCACAACGCCGUCGAAGCAGCACAAGCCUCGGCUUCGGCUACUCCUCACUGCUAUGCAAUCCACUGACCAGCGCGACACCGGAGUCUUCCCCACUUUGGUCACCUGUGCGGACGGACGACGGACGUUCAGACCAGAGGAGAGGAUCUUGGAUCAGCGAGGACAGCAGCAUUUCACAACCUCAAGUGGAGGACAACGAUACGAGGAGCAGUGCCUCUACUACACUGACUGGAGUAUCGAGCUACAAUAAUGACUCGGAGAAACCAGGCACGCAGACGCAGACGUACACAAAUCUGUCCGAGUACGCACCCAUCGACAUCCCGUUAAACGUGGAGCGGUACGCGCGACGGCGGGCUAUGUCCAUAGGUAAACGCCAGUUGCGCGACCAAGCAUCCUCGCCCGUUCCCAGUGGUUGCAACUGGACGGCCGAAGAUGAGCUUGAAGCGCUGCAGAUCUCCUACGAGACGAUGCGAGACCAAACCGAGAGUACAAGCUCCAAAUGA